AUGAAGCUCUUCCAUCUGCUUAUCUAUGCUUUCUGCUGUGCAUCCCUCGGCAAGGCCUCGGAUCCCGCAGGCAUCUUCGAGACCAUGUUUUAUUACUACGCGUAUCGCAUUGAAGCAUCGGCAUUCGCGAAGGCCGACCGCAUGCUUGCAUCGCAAUGCGUGACUGCCACCGGGGAAAUCUGUACCCUCAACGACUUUAUCAGAAAAAUCGCCAACAACCCAGGUGAACUGAUCGCCGCUGGAGAUACAACCUUGCCCGCCGUCGAAGGCGCGGAUGUCACGUUUGCCGACAUGGAAUGGACAGGAGAAUACGGGGGGGCGAAGAUGAACCACAUGGCCAUGAUGGCCGCAGUCACCAACCGCAUUCAAGCCGCGCGCGAGAUCAUGACGGUCGACCCAGACCUGCUGUCCAGAGCAAAGGAAGGGCUCGCGCUUACCCAGGAAUUACGGUGGGAAGAGAACUUCUCCAAGGUUCCAACGGCCUUUAACGACCGGUUCCCCGGGGUGACACUUUACGAGACUGAGACCACGUUGGACGGAGUCAAAGUCGACUUCAUUGACUGGGUCAAAACAGGAACGGUCCAGGCAUCCAAGACCAACUCGAAGGCAAAGGUUCUGAUCAAGAGGUAUCAAGACUGGGCCAAGACGCAGAACAACGAGGGAUAUUUUUUUCAUCAGUCCAUGUUGAGGAACGUUGCGGCUUUUCGAAAUAUUUUGGAGGGGGUGCCAACUUGCCACGCAACAUCGGUUCGGUAUAGAAAGAGUCCGUGA